GCCUUAUCCUUCUUCGAACUUCGAACUUUAGGCGGUUAGGUUCGCAUCGGCAACUUCACAACCGGCGCCCGCGAUUUCUCUAUUACACCCCUUCUUCCCUCUUCCUCUCAGCUCCAGUAGACUCUCUCGCCAUUUUCCCUUCCCCCCUUUUUGAACCUAUCCAAUAUUGCGCGAGCUCACUCCAAUUCCAAUGGCUGCAACCUUUCUUCCCACUACCAAAUUCCCUCCUCCUUGGCUGCUCCUCUCAUCUGAAAGGUCUUUUCCCGUUCAUUUAUCCUUUCAAUUACCAAAUUUUAUCAAUACCAAUGGACCCAUCUACUCCACCUCAAAAUCUAGGCCUCUGCAAGCCCUUCUGAGCUCUUCUUCUUUAAAGAACGUAGCUGAAUCCAAUUUCGAGGCUUCCACUCUCCGGGAAAUCUGCAAUGGACACGUUCCCGAGCAUAUACUGCGCAGAACUGAGGAAAUUGGAUUUGUUGCCCCAACUGAUGUGCAGAGGCAAGCUCUCCCAGUUUUGUUUUCGGGUCGGGAUUGUGUGCUUCAUGCGCAGACAGGUUCUGGGAAGACACUGACAUAUUUGCUGUUGAUAUUUUCUGUAAUCAACGCUAAAAAAUCAGCUGUUCAAGCAUUGAUUGUAGUACCCACACGGGAGUUAGGAAUGCAAGUGAGAUUGAACUCUGUUACAAAAGUUGCUAGGAUGUUAGCCGCCAAGCCUGCUGCAUCUGAAGAUGGGCUAAAUUCUUAUGUUGUCAUGGCUCUUUUAGAUGGAGGCUUGUUGAGAAGACACAAGACUUGGUUAAAGGCAGAUCCCCCUGAAAUACUGGUGGCGACUGUAGGAAGCUUGUGCCAAAUGGUAGAGAGACAAUUUCUUGACCUUGGUUCAUUGAAUGUGCUGGUAAUUGAUGAGGUUGAUUUCAUGUUUAGUUCCUCAAAGCAAGUUAGUUCCCUAAAAAAACUAUUGACGUCAUAUUCUUCAUUCAGUAACCGUCAGACGAUUUUUGCAAGUGCAUCAAUUCCGCAGCAUAGGCAUUUUCUUCAUGAUUGUAUACAGCAGAAGUGGACCAAGAGUACUGUUGUUCAUAUUCAUAUUAACUCAACUCAGCCCAUGCCAUCAUGUUUACUGCAUAGAUUUGUGACAUGUGAGAAGAACAAAAAGCAUCAAACCCUCCUGACCUUGUUACUAACAGAUAUUCCUCAGUCUGCAAUCAUUUUUGUCAGUGAGCAGGAAAAUCUAGUUCUAGGAAGCCAAUCCGUUCAAAUAGUUGCAAAAGAAUUGAAGAAUUGUAACUUGUCUGAUUCUGUUACACUGGAUUUGCAGUCAGAGAAGUCAAAGAAGGCCGGAAAGAUUCCACCAACAACCUUGAUGAUUGAUUUCUUGAAGGCCUCAUAUGGUGGUUGUUCUGACGUCAUUCUUCUCGAGGAAGAUGUGAAUUACAAUUUACGAGCUUCUUCCCUGUCGGAACUGAGACAAGGAGGAAGUUAUCUUAUUGUAGCAACUGACAUAGUGGCCAGGGGAAUUGAUUUGCCUGAAACAACCCAUAUAUACAACUUCGAUCUGCCUCGAUGUGCUAUUGACUAUCUUCAUCGAGCUGGACGGACAGGUAGGAAACCAUUUUCUGAGGAGAAAUGUGUGGUUACUAAUCUUAUAACAUCAGAAGAGAGGUUUGUUUUGCAAAAAUUUGAAAAUGAACUGCUCUUUAUCUGUGAGGAGGUGGUUGUUUAGACCAUGAAUCUCUAACUUCAACAUUUAUAUGAGAUCCCUGACCGGGGGUUCAAAUUUCAUGAGCUUAUACAAAGACAAGAUUUUAAUUUAGCCAA